UGAGGUCUUCUAAGACUGGCCUCUGACGCUGCUGUGGACUCUGGCUGUGUGUGGUGGCAUAACCGUGGAGACCACCACAUGGGCACCAGUAGCCGAAUUCUUCCCGCAAACGGACCUUGAUCACUUCUCGGUCCUGAAGUCACAGCGACCUCUCCCCUUUCUCACCUGCCUCUUCAGGAGGUGAGGCGUCCUGUCCUGGGGUUGCUGAAUAAGACGCCAAAGCAGACUGACUCCUCUCCCCCUUUCUCCCUCUAACCUGCAGCCGUGGGCUUCCUGGAGAGCUUGGGGGCCUCGGUGGUCGACGUGUCCCUGCCGGAGGUGGAGGAGAUCCGCGUGGCGCAUGUCGUCUGCAUCCUGAGUGAGAUGAGGGACUUCCUGCAGCCGGAUUUCAACAACCAUUUCCAGGAAAUGAAUCUGGAGACUCGCCUGAAUCUUGCUCUUGCCUCUCAGUUCACAGCUCUGGAUUAUAUUAAGGCCAAUCGGCAGCGGAGUCGCACCAUGGCCUUCCUGCGAGAAACAUUUGCAAACGUCAAUUGUCUCCUUACUCCAGGUACGGCGUGUCCAGCCCCAAGAAUUCAGGACUCCGAUCUCCAGACUGGGUGUAGCGAUGCCCGGACUACCCUGCGCACCAUGAGGUUCAUGCAGCUGGCGAACUUGACGGGCAUUCCAGCGCUGGUGGUGCCGGUGGGAUACACCGCUUCAGGGCUCCCCAUCAGCCUUCAGAUCAUGGCCAAGUGGUGGGACGAAGCUCUGCUGUUCCGGGUGGGCCUGAAGUUGGAGCGAUUUCGUGACGUGACAGCAAGACCGGCUAUUUAUUAUGACAUACUUGGAUGAUGGGGCCGGCUCCGGGAUUUCCAGUGGGGUGGUGUUUUAUGGGGGUUCUUUUUUGGGGGGGAAGGGGGCUUGCUCAUGUCAGGCAGUGAGCUAAAAUGGUUCUCCCCCAUCCCCUUCCCACAAAAAUGUGCUUGGGAAUUUCACUGCAUCAGGAGCAAGGAUUCAUUUAUGGUUUAGGUUUUGCUUCCUCUUAUCUCUGAUGGACUACUCGGUGCCCACCAAAGACAGUGCUCACUCUGGGGCAAACGAAAAUUUCGCUUGGUUGGCGGGUAUUGAACAUUUUAUGACGUUCAGCGGCGACAGUGUUUGUUGCACAAAGGGACGUGGAACACCUUAACAGGAUUCUGCUCCUUGUUUGGUUUUGUUGGAUUGUAGUGGGCUGUACCGCCAGACAGACAACACUGUUGUGUCUCUUGGCGACAAA